CCCUUUUCCCACCCCACAUCUAGAAAUUUAUUCUUUUCAGAUAUUCUUUGUCAAGCCGCCAAAGUGGAGAGUGUCGUUGCAACAGGGGGUCCUUCUCGUUUCAGCGAGUUCCUGGGGAAAACCCCAGGUUCUAGCGUUCAGAGAUGGGUCCCUUCUCGAAGCACUAGACGAGAGGCAAACUCCUCCAAAGACAAAGGGCUAAAUGAUGUAAUCUUCAGGAAAGUGAGAGGCAUAUUGAAUAAGCUGACUCCUGAGAAGUUUGACAAACUAUGCCUGGAGCUCCUCAAUGUGGGUGUAGAUACAAAGUUUGUCUUAAAAGGAAUCAUCUUGUUGAUUGUUGACAAAGCCCUUGAAGAGCCCAAGUAUAGCCAGUUAUAUGCUCAGCUAUGUCUACGGUUGGCCGAGGAUGCACCAAACUUUGAAGAUCCAUCAACAGAAAAUCAAGCAACACAAAAGCAAAAUACUACCUUCCGAAGGCUUCUGAUCUCCAAGCUUCAAGAUGAGUUUGAGAACCGUGCCAGAAAUGUUGAAAUCUUUGAAAAACACGAUGGCCCACUCACUUCUGAGGAGGAGGAACAGCGUGCUAUUGCAAAGAUCAAGAUGUUGGGCAACAUCAAAUUCAUCGGUGAACUUGGCAAACUCAACCUUAUCCAUGAAUCGAUUCUACACAAGUGCAUCAAAACACUUUUGGAGAAGAAGAAGAGAGUCCAGCUUAAGGAUAUGGGUGAAGAUUUGGAAUGCCUCUGUCAGAUAAUGAAAACUGUGGGACCGAAACUUGAUCAUGACAAGGCUAGGUCUUUGAUAGAUCAGUACUUUAGCCGCAUGCGCUCCUUAAUGAACAACAAGGAACUUCCAGCCAGGAUCCGUUUCCUGCUGCAGAACAUGGUGGAACUGCGAGCCAACAACUGGGUCCCACGCAAGGCCUACGUUGACAACGGACCAAAGACGAUCAACCAAGUUCGUCAGGAAGCAGUUAAGGAUUUGGGUGUUUUCAUUCCACCUUCAAAUGAUGGAAUGAGGAAUGACUAUUUCAUGGACAACUCUUCCUUCCUGCCAAGGAUGAAGUUUGACAGAGAAACUCUUGGUGGACUGGCUGAUAUGUUUGGACAAAUGCCCGGAAUCACCAUUGGGACAGGUCCAGGAGUCAUUCAGGACCACUACUCUCCUACCAUGGGACGUCACCGCACAAACCCACUUUACAAUGGCCACAUCGGAAACGGCAAUGGUUCACAUCAGCCUCAGUUUGAAGCAGGAAACAAACCUUUCAUAAAACCAAACCAGGGGCAGGGUUCACCAGUUUUCAACCACAAGCAGAAUCACUCAGGGCAGAUGCAGUCUAAGGAUAUGUCUUCACGAUUUGGCAAGAAAGGAAAAGUCAAUGCUGAUGAGAUCAGUCUGAGGCCAGCACAGUCUUUCAUCUUGAGUAAAAAACAAGCGCCAAAGCUGCUGCCACACAUGAGCAUGAUGCCCCAAAGCGCCCAAGGUUCACCGCUCGGACAGUCUCCACAGCUUGGCUUGAAGACCAAUCCACUUCCGAUUCAAGAAAAACCUGUAAAGUCCAUCAAAAAAGCUCCUCCAACGAAGGAAGAGUUGCACAAAAUGACGGAGACACUGAUGACAGACUACCUGAACAACAAGAACGUCGAUGAGGCAGUGAAUGCUGUGAGGGAGAUGAAAGCUCCCAAGUAUUUUUUGUCCGAGAUGCUGAAUAAAAUUGUGGUUCAUUCCCUUGAUCGUUCAGAUGAGGAUAAAGAACAAGCAAGCGCUCUGAUUCAGGCCCUCUGCACAGAGGGCCUUGUAGCUGGUGAAAACCUGAUGCAGGCUGUUCUGAGUGUGCUGGACCAGUGCCCCAAGAUCGAGGAGGAAGUCCCACUGGUGAAGUCGUACCUGGCACAGUUUGCGGCACAUGCCAUCGUCGCUGAUUUGGUCAGCCUUGCAGAUUUGGCCCAUCAGCUGGAGAACGGUGCACAUUUCCCACUUUUCCUGCUCUGUCUGCAGCAGAUGGUCAAACUUAAGGACCGUGAAUGGCUGACCGACCUGUUCCAGCAGAGCAAAGUCAACAUGCAGAAGAUGCUACCUGAAUGUGACCAAAACAAGGACCGAAUGCUGGAGAUUCUGGAGGGGAAAGGUCUCAGCUUUUUGUUCCCUCUGAUGAAACUGGAAAAAGAGCUGCUGAAACAGAUUCAAGUAGAUCCCUCUGCACAGUCCAUCUACAAGUGGAUCAAGGACAACAUUUCUGCUAAACUCCACACAGACAAAGGCUUUGUCAACAUUCUCAUGACCAGCUUCUUGCAGUACAUUGCUUAUGAGAUCAACCCUGACGACGAUGAAGAGCAGCUUGCAGCACCAAGCAAAGAACAGCAGGAUGAGGAGAAGCAGCUGCUGCUGUCUUUUAAGCAGGUGAUGCAAAAGUUCCUGCACGAUCACAUCGAGCUCCAAGUCGGUGCUCUGUACGCCCUGCAGGUCCACUGCAAUGCCAAGGGGUUCCCCAAAGGCAUGUUGCUGCGCUACUUUGUGAACUUUUAUGACAUGGAAAUAAUUGAAGAGGAAGCCUUCCUUUCAUGGAAAGAAGACGUCACCCAAGAGUAUCCAGGGAAGGGGAAAGCGUUAUUUCAGGUGAACCAGUGGCUGACCUGGCUGGAAACUGCAGAAGAGGAGGAGUCAGAGGAUGAAGAUUAUUAAGGAACAGGCCAAAGCCAUGUGCUUCAGGAUGCAAUGAAAUUUUUUU